AUGUUGCUGCUGCGCACAAGAACAAGAGUAUUCUCCAGUUAUCAUGGUUCUGGAGGUAAUAGAAUAUCACCACUUGAGCAAGCUGUGAGGGAUGAGUGCAAGUCAGGAAGGAUUCAGAAACGUGAGGAUGGAUUGCGAUACUUUGAUCAACUCAUUUCAGAAAAGCCAGUGCCAUCGAAUGAUACAUUCUGUCAUGUAUUGAGUUCACUUUCGAAGAUCAAAUGUUAUUCUGAUGUGAUUAUGUUGUAUAAGAAGAUGAAUUUGGUUGGGGUACAACCCAAUAUUUGUACCUUUAACAUUUUGAUCAAUUGCUGUUGUAAACUAGGCCAAGCGAAUCAUGGGUUCUGUUUUUUUGGACAGAGUAUCAAGAGAGGGUAUCAUCCUAAUGUUAUCACUCUGAGUACACUGAUUAAAGGGUUGUGUAUCAAUGACGGGAUUGAGCUGGCUUUUAAGGUGUUUGAUAAAAUGACUCACACAGGUAUUCAACCUAAUGCGUUUACAUUCAAUACUCUUAUAUCUGGGCUCUGUAGAACUGGUAAAGUGGGCCCUGCUCUUCAGCUACAAAACAAGAUGCUGAAAUGGAAUUGCACACCUGAUGUUGUUUCGUACUCUGUGAUUAUAGAUACUCUUUGUAAAGGAGGUUUAGUUGAUCAAGCUUUGGUUCAUUUCUCCAAAAUGCUUAGAGAUUCAAAUGUUGUACCCAGUGUAAUCGUUUACAGCUCUUUGAUCAAUGGACUUUGCAAUUCAGGCCGGUUGAAUGAGGCAAAGAGAUUCUUUGACGAGAUGGUUUGUAGAGGAAUCUCUGCCAACGUAAUUACGUAUAGCUGUAUGAUUGACGGUCUUUGCCGGCAUGAUCAAUGGGAAGAAGCAAGAAGAUAUUUUGAUGAAAUGAUGGAUCGAGGGGUUUCACCCAAUACAAUUACCUUUAGUAUAUUAAUAGAUUCACAUUGUAAAGAUGGGAUGAUGGAAGAUGCCUGGAGGUUAUUUGAACUCAUGGACAAGUUAAAUAUAAAACCUGAUCUAUUUACUUAUAGCUCAAUGAUUGACGGUCUAUGUUUGACAGGUCGGUUGCAAGAAGCGGUGAAACUGUUCGACUCCAUGUUGGAUAGAGACCUUCAACCGGAUGUUAUUAGUUGCAACGUAUUAAUUGAUGGGUAUUGCAAGCGUCGUAUGUUGGAUGAAGCUAUGAAGUUAUUCAAGAAAAUGAAACAAAACGGAUUGAAACCCACAACAGUUACUUACAGUAUAUUAUUAGCAGGACUAUACCGGGAUGGAAGAAUGAAGACUGCGAAUAAUUUGUUUAAUGAGAUGCAAACUUUGGGUGUAUCUCCAAAUAUUGUCACAUACGGUACAAUGUUGGACGGAUACUGCAAGAAUGGAUACAUUGAGAAAGCAAUUGAACAAUUUGAAUCCAUGGAGGAUACUGGUAUAUUAGCUAAUGUUCCAAUAUACAAUAUUCUUAUUCGAGGUUUGUUCCAGGCUGGCAAGUUGGAAGAUGCGAGUAAAUUGUUUAUUCAAUUUCCGAAAAAGGGAUUAGUGCCUGAUGUGGUAACAUAUACCAUAAUGAUUAAUGGCCUCUUUCGUAGCAAGAUGUUACUCGAGGCUAACAAAUUAAUCAUCGAAAUGGAAGAUAAGGGUUGUUUACGAGAUGCUAGAGCAUAUGAUACCAUUAUCAAAGGUUUUCUCGUGGGAAAGGAAACUGACAAGGCAUUGGAGUUUUUUCACAAGAUGCGUGCAACAGAAUUUGCACCAAGUGAUCCUGUUAGCUCUUUAAUUGUUAACAAUUGUAAAUGUUUUACUCAGAAAAACAGGAUUGCUCUGGAAGUUCUCAGGUUGCAGGUUAAAUCAACUUCAUUUUUUAUAUCUGGAGAGGCUCUUGGAAGUGCUCUUAGCUUAUCCUUUAACUGCUCAACUUGUCUUGCACUAUCGGGGAAGCCGCCACCGGAACGAAAAGAAUAG